AUGCAAGCAGGUGUCCGUGGAAAACUUCACGCUGCCUUAGAAGACGGGUUUUCCCUCUUCCCUUUCGAACAACAACCACAACAACCACAACAAACAAAUAUUUAUUAUGACACAACGAUCAAUCAAGAAGAUCGCCCUUGUUUUUCUUUUGGGUCUACAAUCUCCCCUAGGAGUUGGCAUUUUGAAAAAUCGGACAAUAUUCCUUCUUCUCAACUACAGCACUUGGUUCACACACAACCAAUACAUUUAAUCAAUCCUCAGAUUUUAUUCAAUGAAGAAUUUCUGAAUUUGGAAAAUAUUGAUUCUCAGCCUCUUUCCAAAGAAAAGAAAACUACAAAGGGCAGCAUAUCGACAGCUGCACCUGGAAAAAGAAAGAAGAGCUCCGGCAGUACCAGAUCCUCUUCAUUGUCAUCUCUUUUUUCUAAUGAUGAAACCGCAUCCACGUUUAAUUCAUCAUUCAACAACCAUGAUAACUUCCAAAAGAAUAACAGAAAUGACAAUGAUAUCGAUAUGAGCGACACAAUGAAAUAUGAAACUAAUACAAAUCUACAAAAAAAUAUCAAAAUAUUCCAAGAAAAUUUCGAAUUCAAUGAAUUCUUAUAUGCACAAGACUUCUACCCAUAUACAACAAACUAUACCUAUUCAAAACCCACAAAUAUCCACGAUUCGAUUAAUUCCAAAAACACGGAUUUAUAUUCCAAAUAUCAAGAUCACUCUCUACCUCAUAUUGAAAAUAUACACUCAUUUAAUAAUCGUUACUAUAGCAACAAUAAAAGCACUAAUUGUAAUUACAAUAAUAAUACCAACAAUAAUAUCAAUGCCUCCAAUAACGGUUAUGAGGCAGAUCCAUUUAUAGACGAACCUCAAGUGCCAUCUUACUAUUACCCAUUAGAAAUUGCCUUCGACGUUGAAAAAUCACCACCACCAUCACUACAAAAGUUAAAUUCGGAAGAAUUAGAAUUCCUGAAAAAGCUGAACUCCAAACUGUCAAGAUAUGCUGCUGCUUACUCCUUCAGCGCUUCUAAUGAUCAAGAUUAUUACGACAAGGUCAGGUUUCAAGAAAUAUCCUACAAAUUUAGUAAAACCUAUUCUUAA